GAGGGGGUGGGGGGUGGGUGGCGGGUGAAACUCAACGACCGGGACCCGACCCCUCCCGCCGCCCAUGCCCCGGUUGCAGCCCCCCUGCGGGGAGCCCAGGAGGGGCCCUGCGACGUCCAGGCUGCUGUAUUGCUGAAGUCAGUAACUAGUUCAUCCAGUCUUCCAGACCACAUACUCCAUGCUUUGAGACCAGGAGGACCUUGCUGUUCUGAAAUGAAGAUGGAGGCAGUGGGAAAAGCAGAAGAACUUGUUGAUUCGGAAGUUCCACCAAAGACUUCUGAAAAGCAAGAGACUACUCCUGAUGAAGAUGGGCCUAUAGAACUCGAGACACAAACUCAGAAAGACGACGUGCCCACUGUAGCAGACUCUGCAGUGCUGUCUUCAAUGCCUUGCUUACUGAUGGAACUGAGGCGAGACUCCUCAGAGUCUCAGCUAGCAUCUACAGAGAGCGAUAAGCCCACGGGUGGUCGAGUUUAUGAGAGUGACUCUUCUAAUCACUGCAUGCUUUCCCCUUCUUCCAGUGGGCAUUUGGCUGACUCAGAUACAUUGUCUUCCACAGAAGAGAAUGAGCCCUGUCAAGCUGAAACUGCUGCAGAGGGAGACCCUUCUGCAGUGUCUGGGGCUGCAGUUGGGAGGAAAUCCAGGCGAUCCAGGUCUGAAAGUGAAACUUCAACAAUGGCUGCCAAGAAAAAUCGACAGUCUAGUGAUAAGCAGAAUGGUCGAGUUACCAAGGUAAAAGGUCAUCGAAGCCAAAAGCACAAAGAAAGAAUCCGGCUCUUAAGACAGAAACGAGAGGCAGCUGCUCGCAAGAAGUACAACCUGCUGCAGGACAGCAGUACCAGUGAUAGUGACCUGACGUGUGACUCGAGCACGAGUUCAUCAGAUGAUGAUGAAGAGGUUUCAGGGAGCAGCAAGACAAUCACUGCAGAGAUACCAGAUGGACCUCCAGUUGUAGCUCAUUAUGAUAUAUCAGACACAAAUUCAGACCCAGAAGUGGUAAAUGUGGACAAUCUGUUGGCAGCUGCAGUAGUUCAAGAGCACAAUAAUUCUUUAGGAAAUCAAGACUCAGGAUCUACUUGGAGAACCAGAGGGCUGCUAGAUGAACUGAGUGCUGAUACAGGUCAUUUGGAUCCAGGCUUCCUUGCAAGUGACAAAACCUCUUCUGGUAACGCCCAGAUCAAUGAAGAAAUUAAUAUCGCCUCUUCAGAUAGUGAAGUAGAGAUUGUUGGAGUUCAGGAACAUGCCAGGUGUGUGCAUCCCAGGGGAGGUGUGAUUCAGAGUGUGUCUUCCUGGAAGCAUGCCUCAGGCUCACAGUACAUUAACACUCAGCAAACACAAUCAUGGACAGCUGUGACUCCCCAGCAGAAUUGGUCUUCGCCCCCAGAAGUAGUAGACCUCACUUUGGAUGAGGAUACCAGACGCAAAUAUCUACUGUAAUGCAGUGUCACUGUGUUUCUGUCCUUACCCCUUCUCCCCUUCGUUGCACAGAAGUUCGUUGUUGAAGUUUCAGCUUCAGGAGGCCUGUUCCUGGCAUUAUGAAAUUCAAACUCAUGAAGUUUUUGAUUUCCAUAUGAAUGUGGUGUAAUUUCAAUAUAAUUUAAAAUGGUUUUGCCUUCUCGAAGGAGGAUUCCUCCCAGAAUUAAAACCCAAUAGCACCCCAUUUAAAACACAAUUACAGUUACUAACGUGUGUGUUAAUCUGAAGAAAUAACUGUGCGCAAGCUUAGGUCCUCCCACCCUAUCCCACCUCUGACUUCAGAACAUUUUUAAUUUAUCAGUAUAUUGAGUUUGUUAGUAGAAGUUAGUGUUUUGCUGUGUGAGCAUCAGUGAUUUUGAGAAAUGCUGUGUCCUCACUGAUGUCAGUGGAACUGGGGGCAUUCAACACUUCUGAAAAUUGGGCCAAGAGUAUUUAUACUCAAGCUGAUUAGGUUACAUUACCAGCAGGAGAGGACUGUCUUUAAUACAAAUGGCCCAUAACACAUGCACUGAACAGCUUCUAAUUAAAGGAUUUUUAUUUUCAAUGUAAUUUAUAGUUUACAGUCUUCAGUGCUGAGUCUUCUCUCUACUUGACUACUGUUUCACUGAUCAUUUCCUACAGCUUGUUAUAGCUCAAAAUAGUAAUAGUAGUGACUUAGUAACAGCUGAUUAUUGCAAAAGCACAAGAAAAAAAAGAGUAAUAAAAAGACCCAGCAUGCCUCUCCUUUCUAAAUACAGCUGAACUUUUUUACCUCUAUCUGAGUCUUGCCCGAAGUAGAAGUGAAACAUUUUGCUCAUAGUCUUCAUUUCUUAUUUGCUUCGUUGACCAUCUCAAAAAAAAAAAAAAACAAAACAAACAAACAAACAAACAAAAAAAAACAAAAAAAAACACCACCACAACAACAAAAAAAAACACACAAAAAACCCCAAACCAACAACAGCAAACAACAAACAAACAGAAACCCAACAAAACAACCAACCUUGCAAAGCCUGAAUCUGGCAAAGUACUUUAGCAGCUGUGUAGGUUCAGCUCAGACAGUUAGCUGAAACUCCUGGGGCCAUCCAAGUGCUUAAACCUUUGCCCUAAAAGUUGUUGCAGGAUCAGGGCCUAUGGUUGUGAUCUUUCUGUUUCUUUAAAAAAACUACAUCGGCACCAUUUUUCUGGUUUUAGCUCAUAUCUUUUAUCCUAGUUUCGGAAUUGUUUUUAGGCUAUGAUCCAGAAAGCACUUUUUGCCAGAAUAUUUACUGAAAUCAGUGGAACUAACUUUAGCGGGCUGUAGUUCCUGUAGUGUAUAUGGAAAUACCUGCCCCUCAUCUAUCAUUUUGAGCCUUUCUCAAGGCAAAAACCAAAGAUUAGACUUUAACAAGAUGAUACUCAUUUUAAAUGUCUGUUGUGCAAUUAAAAUGUUCCUCUGUAUUCAAAAUGUUUCUAGUGGGAAUUUUGUACAGUGCUCUCAUCAGAUUUUUUAGCUGUUUAAGGCUGAACAGGGGAUAGUCAGGACAUAGGAAGUUCUGCUUUCUUUUUGUGUGGGCCGGUUUUUAAAUUUAUUGGCUUCCAAUAAUUCUAUCUGUAGGCCAAAAAAAAAAAAAAAUUACCUAUGUU